AUGGCCUCGGGUGGCUCAGGUACUGGCACUCCCAACAGCCGCGCCUCGAUCGAGAGCACUCGCACCACUGGCAGUGCCGAUUGGCCUACGCACCCCUACGAACUCAACACCAUCGCACAGCUCGACACUCUCCCUAUUGGCACUGAAGUCACCUUCCGUGCCCGCAUUGAGACUCAGCGUCCUCUCUCCAAGGUCCUCGACUUCCUCCUCCUGCGCGACCAGACCCACUCCGUCCAGGGCGUCCUCGCCGGUGAUGCCACUAAUGCCGACUUCAUUCGCUGGGUUCGCAAGCUGGGCUCUGAGUCUCUCGUCCAGAUCUCCGGCUUCCUCAAGGAGCCCCCGGGACCCAUCCGAUCGGCUACUCAUGCCGGUGUUGAGGUCGACAUUGAUUCCGUCUAUCUGGUCAACGCCGCCCACAACCUACCAUUCAGCAACUACAAGCCCCCGGAGACGCUCCGCAACCGCAUGACGUCGCGCAUUCUCGAUCUCCGACACCCAUCCAACCAGGCUGUCUUCCGUGUCCGCUCCCUUGUCUCUCGCAUCUUCCGCCAGACUCUUGAGGACCGAGGCUUCGUCGAGAUCAAUACCCCCAAGCUCCAGCCCGCUGCUACUGAGAGUGGAGCUUCUGUCUUCGCUGUCAACUACUUUGGGCGCCGAGCCUUCCUCGCCCAGAGCCCCCAGCUUGCCAAGCAGAUGGCUAUCUCGGCCGACUUUGGCCGCGUCUUUGAAAUCGGCCCCGUGUUCCGCGCCGAGAACUCCAACACCCAUCGCCACUUGACCGAGUACACGGGUCUCGACAUUGAGAUGGCCAUUGAGCGUGACUACCAUGAGGUCAUUGAAGUCCUCGAUGAGUUCCUCAAGUCCGUCUUCAAGGCCGUCUACAGCAUGCCCGAGAUUGAGGUCCUUAAGAAGCGAUGGCCCAGCGGCGAGUUCAAGUGGCUCGAGAAUACUCUCAUUCUUCCAUUCUCAGAGGGCAUUCAGAUGCUGCGUGAUGACGGACGCGAUGUUGAGGAGGAGGAUCUUUCGACCCCUGACGAGAUGCGCCUUGGUCAGCUCGUCCUCGAGAAAUAUGACACCGACUACUAUGUCCUCGACAAGUUCCCCACCAACGCUCGCCCCUUCUACACAGCCAAGGACCCCGAGAACCCCAAGUGGACUCGAUCUUUCGAUAUCUUCAUCCGCGGCCAGGAAAUCAGCUCUGGUGGCCAGCGUAUCCACAACGCCGAGGAGCUGCGUGCUAACAUGGCCGAGGCUGGCAUUUCCGAUGAAGGCAUGGAAGACUACCUUUCCGCCUUUGACCUCGGAGCUCCGCCGCACGCGGGUGCCGGUCUUGGUCUCGAGCGCAUUGUCGCCUGGAUGCUUGAGUUGGGCGAUGUCCGCUACGCUUCCCUCUUCCACCGAGACCCCCGCUCGUUGCCGGCCAAGGCGCCUGGCCUGCCCCACCCGGAGGCCGACACCACGAAGCCCCACCCCGAGGGUCCUCCGGCGCUUGAGAAGCUCAUCGCCAAUUACGGCGACGCCUCCAACACUUCAUGGCUUGACGAACGGUUCAAGAUCUGGCGACACUCCUCCGGUGCGGCUAUUGGAUACGUUCCGCAGGAGAAGUUUGCUAUGGUCACGGGCGACCCACUCUGCGACCAGAGCCAGUACGCCGAAGUCAUCCGCGACUUUGUCAAAUACCUCGUGUCUGAGCUGCGUCUGACGCCUGUCUGGAUGCUUGUUUCGAUGGAGGUACAGAAGAUCCUCGCGCGCGAACUCAGCUGGAGGACUCUUUCGUGCACUGAGGAGCAGCGAGUCGAUGCGGAUCGUCAGCAACUCGCCGCUGCCAACCAGGCCAACGGUAUGAGUGCCAAGGCUCGUCGUGUCGAGCGCGAGGGCAUCAAGAUCCACGAGGUCAAGGCUGAUGACGACUUCAUCGCCCGUACCAAUCCGGCCAUCGAGGCUUGGAAGGGUUCACGCAAGGGCAAGCAGGUCCAUCUCACCGAGGUGCGCCCUUGGGUUGACCCUGAGCACCGCCGCUACUUUGCCGCCGAGAAAGAUGGCAAAGUUCUGUCUCUCGUGGUGCUGCACAAGUUGGCACCUCGCCAUGGCUGGCAGGUCAAGUGGGCACUCGACUUCCCUGGUGCCACCAACGGCGCCAUCGAGGUGCUCAUUGGACACGCUCUGUCGACCGUCAGUGGCAAGGUGACCUUCGGCGUGGGUGUCUCAGAGAAGCUGACACCUGGUGAGCAUCUCCACGGUAUUCGUGCCCGCUUCCUUGCGGCCACAUACCGCUCCAUCGUCGACAGCCUCGGCCUGCGACGCAAGGCCAGCUUCCGUACCAAGUUCGGAGCCCUUGGCGAGGAGGUUUACAUCUGCUACCCGAAGCAUGGUGUCGGCCUGCGUGACCUGCAGCAGAUCAUCAAGUUCUUCCAGGACUAG